AUGACGGAGCAUGGGGAGGAUCCUGAACCCUUGACGGAACAUGGAGAGGAUCCUGAGCCUUUGACGGAGCAUGGGGAGGAUCCUGAGCCCUUGACGGAGCAUGGGGAGGAUCCUGAGCCCUUGACGGAGCAUGGGGAGGAUUCUGAGCCCUUGACGGAGCAUAGGGAGGAUUAUGAGCCCUUGACGGAGUAUGGGGAGGAUCCUGAACCCUUGAUGGAACAUGGGGAGGAUCCUGAGCCCUUGACGGAGCAUGGGGAGGAUCCUGAACCCUUGAUGGAACAUGGGGAGGAUCCUGAACCCUUGACGGAGCAUGGGGGAGAUCCUGAACCCUUGACGGAGCAUGGGGAGGAUCCUGAACCCUUGACGGAGCAUGGGGGAGAUCCUGAACCCUUGACGGAGCAUGGGGAGGAUCCUGAGCCCUUGACGGAGCAUGGGGAGGAUCCUGAACCCUUGAUGGAACAUGGGGAGGAUCCUGAACCCUUGACGGAGCAUGGGGGAGAUCCUGAACCCUUGACGGAGCAUGGGGAGGAUCCUGAACCCUUGACGGAGCAUGGGGGAGAUCCUGAACCCUUGACGGAGCAUGGGGAGGAUCCUGAGCCCUUGACGGAACAUGAGGAGGAUCCUAAACCCUUGACGGAUCAUGGGGAGGAUCCUGAACCCUUGACAGAGCAUGGGGAGGAUCUUAAACCCUUGACGGAGCAUGGGGAGGAUCCUGAACCCUUGACGGAGCAUGGGGAGGAUCCUGAACCCUUGACGGAGCAUGGGGAGGAUCCUGAACCCUUGACGGAGCAUGGGGAGGAUCCUCAGCCCUUGACGGAGCAUAGGCGGGAUCUUGAGCCCUUGACGGAGCAUGGGGAGGAUCCUGAACCUUGA